AUGCCGCUUAACCAUACACCAGAGAAGGCGAAAAAGGGUAAUGGCGAGGACGAAAUUCCUUUUAAAGGAUUCGAGGAUGCUAUUGCUGCAGAUGCCAAAACAACGACUCAGCUGAAUUCGUUAUUCCGGCAGCGCAAUCAAACGGUGCAAAAGGUACUUCGCGUCUCAAGAAUUAUGAACAACCUCGAGUUCGCAGUGACUCCUGCCCAGUUGAAAGUUUAUCAAAGGAAGCUUCAGUCAGCGUAUGAUGAGUUUUCCACCAUACACAACGAAAUUAUGGCAAUCAUUCCCGAUGACCAUGUGUUGGGACAAGAAGACGAGUACAACCAGUUUGAAAGCAUACAUGACGAAGCAUCCGCUGCAGUUGAGUCACUCAUAAUGGAGAACGAAGUACAACGAUCUCAUCAGCCGCAGCCACCCCAAGUAAUAAUCCACCAACAGCCUCUUAAAGCGCCAAUACCAACGUUCGAUGGAGAUUAUGCGAAAUGGCCUAAAUUCAAAGCCAUGUUCCAAGACAUCAUGGGACAAUCGAGAGAUUCUGAUGCCAUAAAACUAUAUCAUCUCGAUAAAGCUUUGACGGAUAAAGCUGCUGGUUCCAUCGACGUUAAGACGAUUAACGAAGGAAAUUACGCCCAAGCGUGGAGGAUUCUUGCCGAACGUUAUGAAAAUCCUCGUGUGAUAGUAGAGACGCACAUUCGCGGUCUCUUAUCUUUGCCAAAAAUGUCAACAGAAUCCAGCGAUGAGCUCCAGAAGUUACUAGACAGGUGCACUAACCAUGUCGAAAGCUUAGAGUACCUCGGACAGAACGUAACAGGAGUGUCUGAACUGAUGAUAGUGUACCUUCUGACAUCAGCAUUAGACACGUCGACGCGUAGACACUGGGAACAGAAGAUUGAACCUGGUGUACUACCGGAAUACAAGUCGACUCUAAGUUUCUUGAAAUCCCAGUGUCAAAUUUUAGAAAGAUGCGAACAAGUGUGUCAACCGUCCUAUCCGAAGUCAUCGAUUAUAAAGCCAACGAUAAUGCCGAAAUUUACAAGCCAGCGGUCUCACACCGCUACAACAAACGAGGAAUUACCAUUUGUGAAAUGCGACUUCUGUGGCGCGCCACACCGUAAUUAUCAAUGUAACAAACUAAGUACUCUGUCGAAUGCUGAGAGAGUCGAGAAAGUUCGAUCAACCGGUGCAUGCUUCAAUUGUCUUCAAAGGGGUCAUAGAUUACGAGAUUGUCCUUCACCAAAAUCCUGCCGUAAGUGCAACAAGCGACAUCAUACUCAAUUGCACGAAGAUACUGAACCAGCAAAUGAUUCCAACAUAUUUCCGUCAUCGAAGCAGUUAGCCAAUGUAAGUCAGCCAAUAGCCGAAUUUUCAUCACCAACAAUGGUAGAGGAAUCAACAACAAACAUCACGUGUUCCUGUAGUUACACUCAAGGCUCUAAAACAGUAUUACUGCUCACCGCCGUAGUCCGCGUAUUGGAUAAGAAUCGCCGACAACAUCAAUGUAGAGUACUCUUGGAUAGCGGAUCCCAAGUGAAUUUUGUUACCGAGAAAUUAGCUGAUACUCUUGGACUACCGAAUCAGCCAUCAAAUGUACAAAUCGCUGGGAUCAAUAAUAUCAACACUCUGGCACGAAAUAGAAUUGAACUCGAAUUCCAGUCAAACCAUAAUGACUAUCGAUGCAAAUUGGAGUGUUUAGUGAUACCAAAAAUAACAGGGAAGAUUCCAUCAACAACUAUCGACGUGAAAGGAUGGGAACUCCCUCAGGAUAUUCAACUAGCGGAUCCAACCUUUUUCAAGUCAAACCAAAUUGACAUGCUAAUUGGAGCAGAAUUGUUUUUUAGUGUGUUGAAAUCUAGAACCAUCUCAAUCGACGAUAGUCAGCUUGUAUUGCGAGAUUCACACCUUGGAUGGCUCGUUACAGGUACAUUAAAACACAACGCAAACAUUUACUAUUCACAGCUGGCAACCAUUCAGUCAAUCGAGGAAUCAAUUCAGCGAUUUUGGCAAGUAGAGGAAGUUCCAAUUGCUAGCCAAACAUCCACCGAAGAACUACGUUGCGAAGAACAUUUCACGUCCACACAUUAUCGAGACUCAGACGGAAGAUUUGUUGUAAAAUUGCCCCUCAAGGAAAACGCCGACCAGAUUGAUAGCUGUAGAGCACUAGCACUAAAGCGGUUUUUCAUGUUGGAACAUCGUCUUCAGAAAAACCCUCAGCUCAAAGCUCAAUAUGUAGCCUUCAUCCGUGAAUAUCAACUACUUGGACAUUGCCGAAUUGUGAGUGAAGCCGAAGAUGAUUCCACGCCCCUUAGAGCCCACGAAUAUUCAGAGUGCGACACGCACACAUUCACGAUAUUUCAAUUCAACGACAAACGACAACCGAAGCCGAAUAAACCGAAGCAGAAGAAAGAGCAAAAACAACAACAGCAGCAACAUCAACGCAGUAAAACAAUCCCGACGAGAAGUAACCUUUUCACUGGUUAG